AGCGGACGGAUAUCUGUAGAUGCUGCUCGUCAUUUCCUUAUGUGGAGCGCAGUGUUUUGUCACUGAUUACUGUACAAAAACACAACUUUUUAAACUUUAUUCACUGAUUCUUCUCAAACUGGAUCCGUUUUUAUGUAGAAAAUGUUUCCUGAUGUUUCCUCCGAUGUUCCCCGACCGUUCGGCGGGAACUCUCGGUGAUUUACGGAGUUUGAUGGACAGAGAGCUUCACUUGUUGCUAAAGUAACCGCUUACUGAUGCUAACUGUAGCCGAACAUCCUCUAUGCUAACUAUGGCUGCCGUUGCUAACCGAUGCUAACUGUGGCUGCCGUUGCUAACCGAUGCUAACUGGUACUGGAGCUAGUUAGCUCAGUUAGCCGAGCAGCUAGCGGUUAGCGGUGCUAUUAGCUGACUGUGCCCGGCCUGGGAGCUCGGACAGCCGGCAGGAGGAGGAGGUUUUCCGGCCCGGGGGGCGGCGGGGGUGGGGGGUGGGGGGACCCAGCGGGGAAUGGGCACCAGAACCGGAGCCGGGCUGAACACGGCCGGACCGGGACCGAACAAUGACCCGGAUGUGAUUUCCAGCGGGUCCUCCCCGGACUCUGACUCCGGGGAGGACACGGCGGGCUCUGGCGGGGACAGGAGAGGCGUGAAGCGGGAGCGGAGUGAGCGCGAGGUCGGUACCUCCCGGGGUCCGAGCCCCGGCGGGCUGCCGGGAGCCAAGCCCGGGAAGAAAACCAGAGGAAGGGUAAAGAUCAAGAUGGAGUUCAUCGACAACAAACUGCGGCGCUACACGACGUUCAGCAAGAGGAAGACCGGCAUCAUGAAGAAGGUAAUAGCCUGUGCCGUGUCCCUGCAGGCCUACGAGCUGUCCACGCUGACUGGGACCCAGGUGCUGCUGCUGGUCGCCAGCGAGACGGGUCACGUGUACACGUUUGCGACCAGGAAGCUGCAGCCGAUGAUCACGUCAGAGACGGGGAAGGCUCUGAUCCAGACCUGCCUCAACUCGCCAGACUCCCCGCCGCGCUGCGACGCCUCCGCCGACCAGCGGAUGAGCGCCACGGGCUUCCAGGAGACGGAGCUCACCUACCAGGUGGUGGAGGCCGAGUCAGAGGGGGCCAAGGACUCGGGGAUCAAACCAGCGGUCUCUGUGUCCGGCCAGGACUCGGGGAUCAAACCAGCGGUCUCCGUGUGCGGCCUGCAGACCCCCCCCUCUUCCUCGGUGGCCUUGCAGCUGCCGGGCAGCGCCCCCUGCUGGACGCCCUCCUCCACCAACGGGACGCUGCUGAAGACGGCGGCCGGCCUCGUGCUUCCUGCAGGCUUCACUCUGAUGUCAGGAGGUGGAGUCUCCCAGAGCAUUCAGCUUCAGCCCUCGACCAAUCAGAGCAGCUCAGACACGCGCAGCCCCGCCUCCUCCACAGCCAGUGUCUCUUCCUCUUCGUCGUCAUCGUCGGGUCACAUGAUGUACCCCGGAGGUCACACGGUGAUGUACGCUGCUCCUGCGUCCUCAUUGGCCGACGGCAGCCUCACGGUCCUCAACACCCAGUCACAUGACCCCGCAGCUCUCCAGCAGGUCUUCCUCACCUCGCUGCCUCCUGGAGGGGCUCAGAUCCCAGUCCAGCUGCACCAGAUGGUGAUCAGUCAGCAGAGCAGCAACCUGACAGAGCUGCAGGUCAUCAGUCUGGACACACACACACCUAGAGAGGACUGAUACACACACACACACACACACACACACACACACACACACACACA